AUGAUGGACCCUAUGGCCCCGACCAUCCUCCUGUUCACGCCGACGAGGGUACUCGCGGAAUUCCUGCUGGUCUCGAACAAAACCCUCGGCAAAAGGGUUAUUAGCAAAGCUCUUGUGCUGGUUGAGAUUACUAAUUAUAUUCAGUCUUUACAGCGCCAAGUUGAGUUUUUAUCGAUGAAGCUCGAAGCAGUAAAUGCAAGAGAGACCACUGAUGGAUAUCCUUCUAAAGACGGCCCGAAUUUGGGUAUGGCAAAAGGUGAUGAUGUUCAGCUACUCGGGUCGUGGGCAAGCCCAUAUUCUAACAGGGUACAUAUGGCUCUCAAUCUCAAAUCUAUCGAUUUUGAGUUCAUCGAAGAGAAUUAUUACAGCAACAAAAGCGAUCGGCUUCUGAAAGCCAAUCCAGUUCACCGGAAAAUCCCGGUCCUAAUUCACCACGAGAAGCCGGUUUGUGAGUCCCUUUUAAUAAUUCAAUAUAUUGACGAAGUUUGGAAUACUAAUGGCCCGAAAAUUCUCCCUUCCGACCCUUACGAUCGGGCCAUGGCCCGUUUUUGGGCAGCGUACAUUGACGACACGUGGUUCCCAUUAUUCAUAGAGCUAUUCAAGACGCCCGAAAGUGGAGGAGACGAGGCGAGAGCCACGAUUCUCGCGAAAAUAUCCGAAGGAGUGGCCCUUUUGGAGGAGGCUUUUGGCAAGUGUAGCCAAGGGAAAGACUAUUUUGGAGGGGAUAGCAUUGGCUACAUGGAUGUUGUAUUGGGGAGCUACUUGAGCUGGGUAAAAGUUACUCAAACGGUGUAUAGUGUUAAAUUGGUGGAUGAGAGUAAGGCCCCUGGGCUGGCAGCAUGGGCCGAGAGGUUCAUUUCACAUGAGGCUGCUAAGGAUGUUGUACCAGAUGUUCAGAAGCUUGUACAGUUCUUCAUGAUGGUUCGAGCUGCAACAUCUUCUUCUAGUGAUUAA